CCAAAAUAACAUUCAGUGGUGGAUGUUGCUAUUGUUGCUCGUUCGUUCGUUGUGAUCCUAGAUCAAAAUUGAAAAGCGAAAGACUGGAAGGGUUUGAGCAGGUUUCAAGUUUUUCCAGUUCUAUAAGAUCGGAAAAUUCUGACAGAAAGUUGAUGUCAGGAGCGACCAUCAUUCAGGAUAGUAAGUUCAAGAAUUCAAGAAUCGUUUCAUUCCGAUCCAGAAAUGGACCCAUUCUCCCCGUUGCCGUCAAAAUUCGCAGACACUGGCUCGCCUGCAAACAACACUUCCGACAACUUGAUCUCGUUUAGUUCUCCCGUUGUUGGAGUUGAAUGUGAAUCUAUGUUGAAGCCAGAGAAAGACAGCCUUGGUGUUGUGAAUACCAGCUUGGCUGUUGACGCUAGUGAGACCAAAGCUUCGCCCUUGGUUUUUGCUGUAACAGAUGGGUUAUCAACAAGCACUCCUUUUGAAUGUUUUGAAAUGAGUCAGCCUGAUGAGCAAUUCGCUUUUGACAAAAAUCUCUGUUCCGCCAAUAUUUCUGAAGACCCAUUUGACUACACUGAAAGAAAAGCAACACAAGAUGCAAACGACCCAUUUGAAAUGGUAUUGGCAGCAGCAAAGAUCGCAGAGGAGAAGGCUUCUUUAUUGGAUUCGCGCAAUUCCUUAGAAUCACAAAAUUCCCUGAUGAAUGCGGCUUUUUAUGCUUCUCGCACAAACCUCACUUCUGACUUUGCCAACCUGAAUCUUCUUAGUUCUGGAGAAAAUCAUGAUUGUGCCCUUCAAAUGGACUUGCAAUCACAGAAAAAUCCUAAAGCUGAAAAUUUUAAUGCCACUGCUCCUGAUGCUGCUGAAGGCAAAGAAUGGAUUGAAAAUGAAAUUCCACCAUGGGAGGAUUCUGAUGUGACGUCUGCAGAUGAAGAAUUUCUGAUCGACACCGUGAGGAGAGUCUCUAAUGAAUUUCCUAAAUUAUUGUAUUCUGUCGCGGAAGAUCUGGAUACCAGCGGUGUGGAAAAGCUGAAAUUAAAAAGCCCCAGUUUGAAAAUUGUUCCUGAGACUGACAUCACCACAUCUAUUGAUACCCUCGAGGUUCCAAAUUUAGGUCUUCGAUCAAUUGAUUUGUCCUUCCUGGAUUCGGAAGACAAACCUGCUGAAGAGACCAAAAUGGCUCAUACUUCUGAAGCAGAAAGCCUGGAUGAAUGGAAGAAUCACAUCCGUGAGAGAGCAUCUGGCUUUCUCAGUGCCAGAAAGCACACUACAGCCAUGAAGCCCUUCAGCAAACCCCUGGGCAGCAUAGAUGUAAACUCGCCCUCAGGACCAAGAGUGGCUACUCCAGUCAAAGAUUCACGAAGUGCAUUUAAAUCCAACCUCCCAACAACAACAUUCAGAUCCAGACUGGCAAAGCCAAGAGCCUAUGGUGCCAACAAAGAGAAUGCCUAGAAGGUUUUAACUUUGAUUUUGCCUGUGGAAAUGUGAAUAAUUUGCUCAACCCAUGUAUUAUAAACAUAGAUCAUGGAAUAAUAAUUUCUCAGAACAAGUGGCAGUGUUCAAUAAUGUAAUGAAGUAGAAGUUUAGUGUUACAUGUGAAUAAAAAGCAAAUUAGAUUAAAAA